AGGGCGAGGAGAGGCGGUGGCCGCGGGCGCCCGGCCCCAACCUGUCAGACCGGGGAGCGGGCCUCCAGCGGCGGGCGCAGCAGGCGCGAGUUCGGCCCUGCGGCCUGUGGGAGCUGGUCCGGCCGAGCCGGCCGAGGGCUGGGAGAUGAGCGGCGGCCCAGCUGCAGCGCCCCAGGAUGGGGAGGGGCGCGCGGCACUGCCCUCGGACACUGGCGCUCCCGUGAAGUAGGAGCCGCCGGCCGUCCGCCCGCGCGAGCCGUUCCGCGCCGCGGCCGCUCAGCCUCUGCCAUGGCCGGGUCUGGCGCGUGGAAGCGCCUCAAAUCUCUGCUGAGGAAGGAUGAUGCGCCACUGUUCUUAAAUGACACCAGCGCCUUUGACUUCUCGGAUGAGGUCGGGGAUGAGGGGCUUUCUCGGUUCAACAAACUUCGGGUUGUGGUGGCCGACGAUGGUUCUGAAACCCUGGAAAGGCCUAUUAACGGGGCGCACCCGGCCCUGCAGGCCGACGAUGAUUCCUUACUGGACCAGGACUUACCUUUGACCAACAGUCAGCUGAGUUUGAAGGUGGAUUCCUGUGACAACUGCAGCAAACAGAGAGAGUUGCUGAAGCAGAGAAAGGUGAAAACCAGGUUGACCAUUGCUGCCGUUCUUUACUUGAUUUUCAUGAUUGGAGAGCUUGUAGGUGGAUACAUUGCAAAUAGCCUAGCAAUCAUGACAGAUGCACUUCAUAUGUUAACUGACCUAAGCGCCUCCAUACUUACCCUGCUUGCUUUUGUGGCUGUCAUCAAAAUCACCAACCAAAAGAUUCACCUUUGAUUUCAU